AUGAGAGAAGUUAUUUCUUUGAACGUUGGUCAGGCUGGUUGCCAGAUCGCCAACUCCUGCUGGGAGCUCUACUGCCUUGAGCACGGUAUCCAGGCCGACGGUUACUUGACCGAGGAGCGCAAGAAGGAUGACCCCGACCACGGUUUCAGCACCUUCUUCUCCGAGACUGGUCAGGGCAAGUACGUUCCUCGCACCAUCUACUGCGACCUUGAGCCCAAUGUUGUCGAUGAGGUCCGCACCGGUACCUACCGCAGUCUUUUCCACCCCGAGAACAUGAUCACUGGCAAGGAGGAUGCCUCGAACAACUAUGCCCGUGGUCACUACACCGUCGGCAAGGAGAUGAUCGACCAGGUCCUCGACAAGGUCCGCCGUGUUGCCGACAACUGCGCCGGUCUCCAGGGUUUCCUGGUCUUCCACUCCUUCGGUGGUGGUACCGGUUCCGGUUUUGGUGCUCUCCUGAUGGAGCGUCUGUCCGUUGACUAUGGCAAGAAGUCCAAGCUGGAAUUCUGCGUCUACCCUGCUCCCCAGAACGCCACCUCCGUUGUUGAGCCCUACAACUCUAUCCUCACCACCCACACCACCCUUGAGCACUCCGACUGCAGUUUCAUGGUUGACAACGAGGCCAUCUACGACAUCUGCCGCCGCAACCUCGGUAUUGAACGCCCCAGUUAUGAGAACCUCAACCGCCUGAUUGCCCAGGUUGUCUCUUCCAUCACCGCUUCUCUCCGUUUCGACGGUUCCCUCAACGUCGAUCUCAACGAGUUCCAGACCAACCUGGUCCCCUACCCCCGUAUCCACUUCCCUCUGGUGGCCUACGCCCCCGUCAUCUCCGCGGACAAGGCUUCCCACGAGUCCAACUCCGUCAGCGAGAUCACCAUGAGCUGCUUUGAGCCCAACAACCAGAUGGUUAAGUGUGAUCCCCGCAACGGCAAGUACAUGGCCACUUGCCUGCUGUACCGUGGUGAUGUCGUCCCCAAGGAGACCCACGCUGCCGUCGCCACGCUCAAGACCAAGCGCACCAUCCAGUUCGUCGACUGGUGCCCUACUGGUUUCAAGAUCGGUAUCUGCUACCAGCCUCCCCAGCAGGUCCCCAACGGCGACCUUGCCAACCUCAAGCGCGCUGUCUGCAUGCUGUCCAACACCACCGCCAUCUCCGAGGCCUGGUCCGCUCUUGACCACAAGUUUGACCUCAUGUACUCCAAGCGUGCUUUCGUCCACUGGUACGUUGGUGAGGGUAUGGAGGAGGGUGAAUUCUCCGAGGCCCGUGAGGACCUGGCUGCCCUCGAGCGCGAUUAUGAGGAGGUUGCCAGCGACUCCCUGGAGGAGGAGGUUGAGGCCGAGUACUAG